UAUAUAAAAAAACAAUUGUAAAACCCAAAACCUGAUGGCAACAACAGCAAGAAUUGUAGUAGCAACAGAGCAGCAGCCGUCCGCGGUGAACGUUCCAAGCAGCAGCAGCAACAACUGUAACACCAACACCAACACCAACAACAACAUCAUCAGUGCCCCCAUUAAAAUUCCAUUGAGCGAACGUUUUACCACUCAAACAUCAACGGGAUCGGCGGACAGCGGUGUAAUCGUUUCGAGUGCCUCACAAAAGCAACUCUGUUCAGUAUCGCAGACAACAUUGCAACAGCUGCAACAGUUGCCAGUGCGCAGUAGCAGUGGCUCACUUAGUCUUCACGGAUCGCAAACGAAAUGGCAAAAGAAACAACCACAGCAGCAGCAACAAUGUCAACUAUUGCUACUUAGCCAAGAUUCGGGAAUUGAGCAUGUUGAUGUUGUUGGUGGUGGAAGUAGCAGCAGUGGCAGUGGCAGUGGCAGCUCUGGCAUAGAGAAUGGUGUUAUUGUAAAAUCAAAGGAUAAAUCAUCACCUGGUGAUGAUGGUCAAUUGAGUUCCUCAUCCAGCAUUGCCAAUGCUGGACGUGUUGGCGGUCGUGGUCGUGCAAGAGCUGCAUCCGCUCUAGAAUUGAGUAGUGUGGGCAACCAUCAUCAUCUACACCAUCAUGGAGGUGGAGGUGGAGGAGGCGGUAAUGCCCUUAGACGUAUCAAAUAUAAGAGUACACAUAGUACGGGUACACAAGGUUUUGAUAUGGAGGAUCGUAUAGAUGAAGUGGAUAUAUGCGAUGAAGAUCGAGAUCACAAUCACGAUGAUGACGAUGAUGAUGAUGACUGUGAUGUUGAUGUUGAUGUAGAUGUAGAUGAAGAGGAUGAUGGUGUGGCUGUAGAUGAUGUUGAUGCCGAUGAUGAUACACAAUCAGGCAUUAUAAUUAAUAUGGAUAAAAGUCGUACUCAUGAUGAUCAGCAGUCGGCAGAACAUUCACCUCCUCCUUCUACCCAUUAUCAUCAUCGCAAGGAGCAGCAACAGCAUCUCCCAUUGGAUAUGGCUCCAUUGACGGUGGCUGCUGCUGCUGCCAAGAAGCGUAAUAUUAAAGAUCUGGCCACCGAUGGUCAUAUUUAUUUUCCAUUAUUAAAAAUCAGCGAAGAUCCUCAUAUCGAUUCUAAAUUAAUUAAUCGCAAAGAUGGCCUUCAGGAUACAAUGUAUUAUUUGGAUGAAUUCGGUAGUCCCAAAUUGCGUGAGAAAUUUGCCCGCAAACAGAAGCAACGUCAGGCCAAACAGCAAAAGGCGAUCCUCAAGCGUGAACGUGAGGAGCAGCGCAAGAAGCGUAAUACAACAGUGGCAUCCAAUUUGAUGGCCAUCACCACAACAACCACCAAAGACCAACACCAACAGCAGCAUUGUGAUACAAAAAGUGUGAUAACCAAAAAUAAUCAGUCGCAAAAUGGCGAUAAUGAUGAUGAUGAUGAUGAUGAUGAUGUAAAUGAUGCGGCGGCGAUGAUGCAUCAAAUACGUCCGCGUAGUCAUAGCCAAGAUAUUCAUUUUGAUACAUCAACCACCUGCACCACCACCACAAAAACAAACACCACCCGCCAUGCACACCAUAAUGCCAAUGAAGUUGACAACUUUAUUGGCAGAGAUAGACAUAAUCCAGAUAAUGAUAAUGAUGAUGAUGAUGAUAUUGAGACUGGUGCCGAGCCAGAUCUAGAUGAUAGCUUGGAGAAUGUUAAGACUGCCAAAUUGGCUAGAACACAAUCCUGUGUGAGUUGGACAAAAGUGGUGCAAAAGUUUAAACAUAUUUUAGGCAUGAAACAAUUAAUCGGCAAAUUGAAUGAUUUGUGGCCCGAGCACAGCGUCGCAUUGUCCAUUCCAAAGGAGGUCGAUAGGAGCAAGGAGAAACUAGAAGGCGCCUGGGAGACAACAGGCCGCGAUGGUUCCAAAAUCACAACAGUUGUUGCAACACCUGGCCAAGGUACCGAUCGUGUACAAGAAGUCUCCUAUACAGAUACAAAAGUCAUUGGCAAUGGGAGCUUCGGUGUUGUAUUUCAGGCGAAACUCUGCGAUACUGGCGAGCUGGUUGCAAUCAAAAAAGUUUUACAAGACAGACGAUUUAAAAAUCGUGAAUUGCAAAUAAUGCGAAAAUUGGAGCAUUGUAAUAUUGUAAAACUUUUGUACUUUUUCUAUUCGAGUGGUGAAAAGCGUGAUGAAGUAUUUUUGAAUUUAGUCCUCGAAUAUAUACCAGAAACCGUAUACAAAGUGGCACGCCAAUAUGCUAAAACCAAGCAAACGAUACCAAUUAAUUUCAUACGGCUCUACAUGUAUCAAUUGUUCAGAAGUUUGGCCUAUAUCCAUUCUCUGGGCAUUUGCCAUCGUGAUAUCAAACCGCAGAAUUUGCUUCUCGAUCCAGAGACGGCCGUACUGAAGCUUUGCGAUUUUGGCAGUGCCAAGCAGUUGCUCCAUGGAGAGCCGAAUGUAUCGUAUAUCUGCUCUCGGUAUUAUCGUGCACCUGAGCUCAUAUUCGGCGCCAUUAAUUAUACAACAAAAAUCGACGUGUGGAGUGCUGGUUGCGUUCUGGCCGAAUUGCUUUUGGGCCAGCCAAUAUUUCCCGGUGAUUCUGGUGUCGAUCAGCUAGUUGAGGUUAUCAAGGUUCUAGGCACACCCACAAGAGAACAAAUACGCGAAAUGAAUCCAAAUUAUACGGAAUUCAAAUUUCCACAAAUUAAGAGUCAUCCAUGGCAGAAAGUUUUCCGCAUACGCACUCCGACAGAAGCUAUUAAUUUGGUAUCUCAACUGCUUGAGUACACGCCCAGCGCUCGGAUUACACCGCUCAAGGCAUGUGCACAUCCGUUCUUCGAUGAACUGCGCAUGGAGGGUAAUCACACUUUGCCCAAUGGACGUGAGAUGCCGCCACUUUUCAAUUUUACAGAGCAUGAGCUCUCCAUACAGCCCAGCUUAGUGCCACAGUUGUUGCCAAAGCAUUUGCAAAACUCUGCCGCAACUCGUUCCUCGGCCGGUGGACCAGCGACCGCUGGCAGCGCAGCCAGUGGAUCGACCAGUGUCUCGUCAACGGGUAGCGGUGCAUCGGCCGAUGGUGGUGCCGCCCAGCAGCAGCCCCAGCAGCAACAGCAGGCCCAAGCGUCAGCAGGAGGAGCAGCAACGGCAACUGCAGCUGGUGGUGGUUCCGCCGCAUCCGCAACAUCAGUGUCCGGGGGCGGCGGCGGUGGUAAUAAUAGCAAUGCUGCCACUGGAGCGCCGACGACAACUGGACCAGCGGCUCCAACAGCAUCAUCAGCAGGAGCAGGAGCAGCAGCAACAGCUGCCGCUGCCGCUGUGGGUAGUGGCGGUGGAGGUGGGGCGGCAGUUGCAGCCAGCGCUAUUGCCACGACCAAUGCUGGUGGCGCUACCGUAACAGGCUCACAAUCGAACAGCGCCUUGAAUAGCAGUGGAAGCGGCAGCGGCAAUGGUAACGGUAACGGUAAUGGCAACGCCAGCGACGGCGGCGGGGGUGGCAGCAACGGUGGAUCAAACAGCGGCGGCAACGGCGGUGACAAUGAUGCAGCAGCAGCAGAUGCAGAAACAGCAGCUUCAGGAUCGGGAGCUAAAGCAGCUGCUGCUGAAACUGAAACAGAGGGACAAAAUGUUGAUUUUAUUUUACAUUAAGCUGUCUCCCUCUCCCACACAUUGUUUUUUUUUCCUAACGACGCCAUGUUAAAUAAUCGAUAUUUGCAAAAAAAAAAAGAAAAGAAAAGAAA